CGGCGCGGCCCGAGGAUGCAGCAGCUGAGGCGCGCGCAGCACAGCCUGGGCGGGGCCAGAGGCGCAUGCGCGACCGCCUCCUCCCCCGCCAUCCCUACCGCCGCGACCGCCUCCUCCUCUCCCCUCCCCGCUACCGCCGGAGGGCGGCACCGUGCGAACGGCGGUCCUGAGGGAGCGCCGCGGCCGGGCCCUGCGGCGGCCUCCGUGCCGGGCAGCUCUGCGGAAGCUGAUGGCGCUCCCACCGUGAAACUGCCCCGCCGGUUCAGGAGCCGGCAGCCGCCGGGCGCUGUGUGGCCGGACCGGACCCAUACCCCCGUCCUCAGAGCGCACGGAGCCGGGACCACUUUCCGUUCACGGGAUUUUAUUCACACAAGCAGCAGGAAUUCCCGAUUUGGUUUAGAAUCGUUGAAAAUGCAGCGUGGCUGCCGCUGUGGAACAGCCUCGUUCUGCCUCCCAGCAGCAGCCUGGCUCAGCCAGGGACAGAGCGGACUGACACACCGUCCUUUUUGGUUAACGUAUUCCCAGUACCUUUUCUUGGCACAGGUAGUGGCAAGGCUGAAAAUACAAACGUUUUCCCCAGAAGACCUUGGCUAA